AUGAACACCGCAACCAUGAUACCAACGAAAACAGGUCUCAUGGAACGCUGGCACAUAACCCGCACCCACGUAAAAUUCUACAACAAAGUCCUCGUCUCAGCCCGCUACAAAGCGCCUCUCACUAUGCUCUCGAACACAAGAGGGGCCUUUAACCAUAAAGAUGGAUUCAAAUACUUGAUCUACUCCGCCUUAUCAGAAGUCAUCUCACAGCACCCGAUCAUAAGUGUUGUCAUCGAGGACGAAGUAAGUCCCAUUCCAGAAUGGAGGCGAGUCCAGAAAAUCUGUUUCGAGGAUGUAGUCGAGUUCUAUUCUGGAGGUUUGCAUGAUGGUGAGAAUGAGGAUGCGUGGAUUCUAGAGGGCCAUGAGAAAGAAUUGGAGGGGAGAGAUGAGAUGCCACUUUGGAGGGUGAGAGUUACUAGGCCUAUUCUCGGCGAAGAUGACGACGAAGAGGGAAUAUUUGGUUUUACAGUCGCCUUCUACUUCCAUCAUGCCAUCGGCGAUGGUCUCUCGGGAAAUGCAUUCCAUCUCACCUUCCUCUCAGCACUCAACAAUCUCCUUUCGGACCCUUCUUCCAUCUCGAACGCGGAGAUAGUACCAGCCCCUAGGCUCCCUCUCAUCCCAGCGCUGGAGAUGGGCACGAAGCUAGGAUUGACCUGGUGGUUCGUCCUCAAACAGAUAAUAAAAGCUUUCAUCUGGUCGCCCCUCGAUAAGUUAUUAUGGACCGGUCCACCGAUCAAGAACCCACCAAUACUCCCGGCAGUAGGAGACCAGAAGGGUUUCGAGAUCGAGGCCGGCAUGGUGAAGAAGCUGGUGAAGAAGUGUAGAGAGGAGAACACGAGUAUCACGGCAUUAGUCGCUGUCCUCGUCGCCAGAAAAAUGGCGAUUAUGAAUCCAACGUACUCUCAUUUCGCAGGUACCAUUCCUUUCUCCCUCCGUAAGUUUACCGGCCAUUCGGAAAGAGAUAUGGGGAAUUUCGUGUCGAAUGUUGUGCCGCUUUUUUCGUCGGCGAAGAGAACGGAGAGGGGGUAUAUAUCUUGCGUUUCUCCUGAGCAGAAAUCGGAUACUGGAACGCAUUUCGAGUUUAAGGAUACGGACCUGCUUUCUAAAGAUAAAAUCCUAUGGAACAGCGCGAGAGAAACGAGAGCUUUCAUGGCCGCCGGAACAGCAUCGCCCAAGAAUCAGAUGGUUGGUCUCCUAGGCUUCGUGAAAGAUCUUGUUCCCUUCUUCUUGAAGAAAUUCGGACAGAGAAGGGAAUACACAUUUGAGAUUUCGAAUAUUGGGGUUGUAGAUGGUGGGAUUGGAGCAGAGGGGAAAGAAGGACGGGUCACAUUUGAUAAAGUUUUGUUUUCUGGGUCUAUUUGUACCUACGCGGGACCAUUCGAAGUCAUGUUGGCGACAGUGAAGAACGGGUGGAUGACUGUUGUUGUUAGGUGGGAGAAGGGCGUUAUAAGUGAUGAAGAUGGAAGGGAGCUUGCUAGAUGGUUGGAGGGGCAGUUGAGAGGUUUCGAUGAUGUGUAG